AUGUACAGCUUUUCUCGUGGCCUCAGGGCCGCCGCCACCCCAGCGGCGAGGUCAGCCAUGUCCCCCGCUAUGAUGAGAGCUACUGCUUCUCCCAGUGCUGCAGUGAGUGCGAUGGCAGACCUGUCAGCAACCCUCACAGCACGCUCUCGCUGACUGGUACGCUCCCUACCAUUCUUGCAGCGUCUUGCUCCGCUCGGUUCAAGACUGCAAUCGGGCAGUGAGUAGUGCAUGUAGCUGGGCACGACGAUUCAAGUCCCGCCGCAACCUCAUUGACCAAGCUUUCUCGCUCGUUGCUCCCUUUACCAGAGGUCACUGGCCCCGUCAUUGGUAUUGACUUGGGUACAACCAACUCUUGCGUUUCGGUGAUGGAGGGUCAGACAGCUCGAGUCAUCGAGAACGCAGAAGGUGGUAGGACAACCCCUUCAGUAGUCGCCUUCACCAAGGAAGGCGAGCGAUUGGUUGGUGUCCCUGCUAAGCGUCAGGCUGUUGUAAACCCAGAGGCUACGCUAUUCGCCACCAAGCGAUUGAUUGGUCGUAAAUUCCAAGACAAGGAAGUCCAAAAGGACAUCGACAACGUGCCAUUUAAGAUUGUGCCCCACUCAAACGGCGAUGCCUGGCUGGAAGUUCGAGGCCAAAAGUACUCCCCUGCUCAAAUCGGUGCUUUCGUAGUUGGCAAGAUGAAAGAGACUGCCUCUGCCUACCUUGGCAAGCAGGCAGGUCACGCUGGUGAGUGAAAUGAAGCCAGAGCGCGAGCUGCUAGGCGCAAGGCCAGAGAUGCACUCGAAGGCUUUGCUCAUCUCACCUUCCUAUUUCCGUCCAGUCAUCACUGUCCCCGCUUACUUCAACGACGCACAAAGGCAGUCCACCAAAGAUGCAGGUGCCAUUGCAGGCCUUGACGUCCUCCGUGUCAUCAACGAGCCCACAGCGGCAGCACUCGCAUACGGUCUCGACAAGACUGCCGCUAGCGUGAUCGCUGUCUUCGAUUUGGGAGGUGGCACAUUCGAUGUUUCGAUUCUGGAGAUGCAAAAAGGUGUUUUCGAGGUGAAGAGCACCAACGGUGACACGCAUUUGGGUGGUGAAGACUUCGACAUUGUCCUCGUCGAACACCUCGUGCAAGAAUUCAAGAAAGAGUCUGGUAUCGAUCUCAGCAAGGACCGCAUGGCCAUCCAGCGAAUUCGUGAGGCAGCGGAGAAGGCAAAGAUCGAGCUGUCCAGCGCGUCGCAGACAGACAUUUCCUUGCCAUACAUCACUGCGGACGCUUCUGGACCCAAGCACAUCAACAGCAAAAUGAGCAGAGCGCAGCUCGAGGGUCUUGUUGGCAAGCUCAUCGACAGGACUGUUGAGCCUUGCAAGAAAGCUAUUCAGGAUGCCGGCAUCAAGCCUCAGGAUGUCCAGGACGUCAUCAUGGUCGGUGGUAUGAGCCGCAUGCCCAAGGUUCUCGAGACCGUGAAGAGCAUCUUCAAGCGUGAUCCAUCUCGCGGCGUCAACCCUGAUGAAGCUGUUGCGAUCGGUGCUUCCAUUCAGGGUGGUGUUUUGAGCGGACAGGUGACCGACAUCUUGCUGCUUGAUGUCACACCCUUGUCUCUCGGUAUCAACACCCUGGGAGGCGUCUUUACCCGUCUCAUCAACCGCAACACUACCAUCCCCACCAAGAAGAGUCAAGUCUUCUCCACAGCCGCUGAUGGUCAGACAGCCGUCGACAUCCAGGUGUAUCAGGGAGAGCGUGAGCUCGUCCGGGACAACAAGCUCCUUGGAAACUUCCAGCUUUCCGGUAUCCCUCCUGCACCCAAGGGUGUGCCUCAGGUCGAGGUCACCUUCGACAUUGACGCAGACGGUAUUGUGAACGUGUCUGCUCGCGACAAGGUUGCUGGCAAGGAGCAACACGUCACCAUUGCCGCCGGCUCUGGUCUCAGUGACGACGAGAUCGAGCGCAUGAUGGCCGACGCAGAGCAGAACGCAGAAGCGGACAAGGCGCGAAAGUCUUUGAUCGAGGAGGCCAACAGAGCGCAGAGCGUCAGCAGCGAGACUGCCAAGGCGAUGGCAGAGUUUGGCGACCAAAUCGAAAAGGCAGAGGCGGACAAGGUGAACCAGCUGAUCAAGGAGGUCGAAGAGCUUGCGGCCAAGGCACAAGCAGACAACUCUGCUGUCGAUGCAGAGGAGCUCCGCAAGGCCAUCGACAAUGUUCAACAAGCCAGUCUUGGUCUCUUCAAGAAGGUUUACGAGAAGCGCGCGCAGGAUGGCGAGGCGUCUGGUCAGGCACAACAACCAAAGGAGGGCGAGGGAGAGAAGAAGGAGUAA